GAAGCUUGGAGCAGUCGCAGGGGCAAGGUUUAACCCCACUUCACAGUGCAGAUAGUGUUAAAUCAAGCAAUUCUUUUCGUCGACAUUUUCUCACCCAUCAAAAUCUCAUCAACAAGUUACAAGCCAUUCAUUCAUCGUCGACGUGCGUUAGCAAAAAAACACCAGAAAAUAAAAGAAGAAGAAAAAAAAACAUCAUCGUCCCCCAUGGAGUUCUCAGGGCGCAAAAGAAAGGCCGCCUUUGACCCUGAACGAAGGGUCAAGGUACGGAGGCGUGAUGUUGAAAAAGCAGAUGCUUGGGAGCCUCCAUCAGAAGAUGACCAGGAUGGUCGUUCAUCUUCGCCCGCCGACGAAUCUGACCAGGGUCAACAGGAUGAGGAUGAGGAUGAGGACGAUGAGGAGGAGGGAUCAGGCGCUUCAGAAGCCGAAGACGACCGCGAGGCUCAGUUAUCAUUUGGGGCCCGACUUCGUCUAAGUCAAAAACGGCAAAAGCUCAAACCUAAAGGCUCAACCGACCAAGAUCCCUCUGAUAAUCAGGAGCAAUCAUGGAGAGGUCGGGAAGCUCGAGACAGCAGCAACAGCAGCGGAAAGCCGGGGUCCAAGUCAACCGCCUCCGCUACAGCCCCAGGCCGCAAAACCAAGAGCGCACCCGAGGAGAUGUCCUCCAAGCGGCCCGUCUCUCGGUACCGCGAGGUGGUCAAGCCGCCGCCUAACGCCCGACCGAAGCCGCGGGACGUGCGCUUCGAGCAGGAGCUGACCGGCGAGGACUACCAGCGGUUCCGCCGCAACUACGCCUUCCUAGACCAGUACCGGGAUGAAGAGAUGGCCAAGCUGCGGGAGAUCAUUUCGCGAAAGAAGGGUGUCACGCCCGCGGAUCGCGAGGACGCCAAACUGAAGCUGCGCAAGAUGGAGGACGAGAAGCGGUCGCAGGAACGCAAGGACCGUGAGUAUGAGCUGAUGCGCGAGCAUAAGAAGAAGGAGAAGGAGCUCGUCAAGCAGGGCAAGAAGCCCUUCUUCUUGAAGAAAUCGGAGCAGAAGAAGCUGUUGCUUAUGGACAAGUUUGCGGGAAUGAGCAAGAGCCAGGUCGACAAGGCCAUCGAGAAGAAGAGGAAGAAGGUUGCUGGCAAGGAGAAGAAGCAGCUACCAUUUGCGAGGAGGACAAUGGAGUAGAUAUUUGUAUGGAGUUGGGCGAAAUUUUUGUGGGAUUCACUCAGGAUGAGCGAGCAAUUAUCUACGAAA